AUGGUAUUCAAUUUGGACGUACGGUCCCUCCACUCCCCCCAUGUGGUCAAGUUGGAGAACAGCUUCGUGUCGAAGCUCGCUCCUUACUGCGGCAUGAUCCUUUUGGUCUGCCUAAUCGUCAUAUUUCUCAUCCGCUUCUACCUCUUCGAAGGGCUCCUCAUGCGACGGCUCUACGGCGCAAAGUACACGCAGAUGGACGAGACGGUGCGGCGGGGGUUCGUCAACCACCACGUCGCCGGGGGCAUCAAGAUCAUCCUCCUGGCGACGGCCGUGUACCCCUUCGUCUCGGUCGCGUUCGGGUCGUCGUCGCUGCACAGCCCGAUCGCGGCGAACAGCCUGGUGACCAUGGGCGACAUGAUGGUGGUGUGCUCGCAGCUCUUCAUUGGCAUGUACGUGUUCGAGCUCUUCUACCGGACCAAGAUCUCGCCGGUCAGCGUGCUCCACCACAUCGGCGCGAUCCUCAUCGCACAGAGCGCGGUGACCAUCAGCAUGGACACCAGCCACGAGGAGGACGCCACGAUCGAAUUCGUUCUCUGCUUCGUGUGGGGUGCUUUCGACGUCAUCGCAGAGUUCCUGCCCCAUGUCGCCAUCAUUCUCUACCGCGUGUAUCCCGACGACCACGUCUUCCUCGCCAGGGUGUUCAAGGCGUCGUGCUUCACGGAGCUCGCGGGCACGACGACCGAGACGGCGGUGGUCAUGUGGCUCUUCGGCAGCCUGUGGCACCGGUGGACGCUCGCGUUCAAGAUCUCGACGCCGAUCCUGCACGUCGUCUUCAGCGCCGCCCAGCUGUGGGGCGCCAUCAUCUUCAGACGCAUGUGGAAGCACCAGGAGCGCCUGAUGUGCGAGGAGAAGGCCGGAGCCGACGCACCCCUUUCGGCAUGA